AAGCAUGCACUAGCACCCCCAAACAGCCUUUCUGAGGUAGUGGCCAGACAAAAUAGGAAAGAAAUGGGGACGAAAUUUUAUUUCUUUGUUGUCCUUCUUGUGGUUUUCCGCCCCUCAGAAAGCCAGAAUAUAAGAACCCUGAAAUUGGCUCUAGACCCAAAGUAUACGUCACUGCUCCCUUUGUCAACCCAGUAUUACAUUACUGAACUCAGCAGUACGCCUCGUAUGCUAUGUUUCUUGAUGUGUCUUCAACUGAUUGAUAUCUGUACUGGAACGGUUGUGAAUUCUGAUGCCUUGCAAUGUAAACUUAUGAAUUCACAUUUGAAUGGACUGAUUCUGGACGUAAACAACCCAGUGCCCGGGUGGUCAUUCUGGGAUGUUGAAAGCGGUUGUGCCUCUGGUUGGCUGGCCUACAACGGACAUUGCUACAUCAGAACAAGCACUCAACUCAGCUUUCACGAUGCUCAUACGCAUUGUCAACAGUUUGCCGCAUACUUGGUUGAAAUCAACGACCUAAAUGAAAACACCUGGAUCACCCAAAAUCUGCUGAAGGACAUAUACUGUGCUGAUCCAUACGCAUGCGGAACAUGGACGGGUGGAAAUGACAUGAGCGUGGAGGACAGUUUCGUGUGGAGAGGUUCGAACGCAGCCUUCACCUUCACCAACUGGUAUGGAUCUAACCCUGAUGAUGCCUCAACAACGGAGAAACUAGACUGUGUGGAAAUCUUCUAUCUUGGCUCGUGGAAUGAUAGGCCUUGUCCAGAUCUGAAGCCGUUUAUUUGUGAAAAGUAACCGCUAGUGCAAUUUUGUGCAUCCUAGAGCAAAUUAUUUUGUUCUCCUAAAACAUGUAAAGUACGUUGAUUGAUUGACUGACGUUUCAGAAGCUGGAUGGUCAACAAAUCCUUCCCUUAGAUUAUAGAAUUGAUUUUAUAAGCCAUAAACUAUUGUUAAGAAAAGAGAAAUCCCUAAUACUUAACCUUUAAAAUGUGAAUGUUUUCCUGUAUGUUCAUCUAAUAUCUAAAAGGAUAUUUAUACAGUAUAAUAUGGCCGGCGCCAUCUAUCCCUUUAAAUGUUUGUGGAAAUUAGAUAGUUUGGGUGUAAAAAGUUGGUGUUUUGUUUUGUGGCCUAUUAAAAAGGAAAAAAAAAUGUCUGUGUCAUCUCUGUUCAAAAUAAUAUGUAGUGUCGUCUUAACUAUUUUGUAUUGAUGUCUGCUUGAAACCUUGCGUUUUUCUCUCCCACUCCCAUAUCAUUCUCUGUUAUAAUAACUCUACUUAUUUUUCACCAUUUAAGAGGAAUUCGAUAUCUUUUGUUGAUUCCCUUAAAAUUUGCCGUUAAUAGACCGAUUGUCUGUAAAAAAAGGACCGCUUAAAAAAAAAUGCGUACGUUCGAUAAACUGAUACAU